UCAACUUUCAUGAUAGAACUGUGAAGACUCAUGGACAAAGAGGCCCAGAAGAGGAAAGAACAGGAGUCAGGCAUGGCUCUUUCUCAGGCACAAUUGACCUUCAAGGAUGUGUUCAUAGAUUUCACUCCUGAGGAGUGGGAAUGCCUGGACCCUGCCCAGAGGACCUUGUACAAGGACGUGAUGGUGGAGAUUCUCAGGAACCUGCUGUCUGUGGAUAUGUCUCAUAUACAUAUGAUCAAGAAAUUACAGGCCAAAGCAAACAGUGGGAAAGGGGCAAUUUUUCAAAGAGUGAUGUUUGGAAGAGCUGAAAUCCUUGAAAUCAAAGAUUUUCGCCUCAGGAAGAUUCAGGAAAAUAUACAUGACUUUGAUUGUCUGUGGACAUACGAUGAAAGAAAUGACAAGGAAAUGUCUACAUCCUAUAACAAAAAUCUCACUGACGGAAGAGAUCAUCAUAGUAGAAGUGAUGCAGGAAAUGGACCUUUUGAAAGGCAGGGAUCAAGCUUUCAGGAUGAAUUGCAGAUGGUACAGUCUGAAGGGAUAAUUUUUGAAUGUAGUCAAGUUGUGACAAACGUCAGCGCCUCAGGUUUACCACCUCACAGAACUUGUAAUGUCUGCGAAGGCUUUUGUCAUAAAGAUGAGAAUGCUGUUAUGCAUCCUUCAGAACUGUUACCAGACCAUGAAACACACAAAAAAAGACCUUACAAAUGUAAUGAAUGUGACAUAACCUUUCUUCAGGACUCAGAACUCACUGGACAUCAAAGAAUCCAUACAGGAGGAAAUCCAUAUAAAUGUGACGUGUGUAGCAAGGCUUUUGAUCAAACUACCAAACUUGCCAUUCACUGGAGAAUUCAUACUGGAGAGAAACCACAUAAAUGUGAUGUUGGUGACAAGGCUUUUAUUCAAGUUGGAAACCUUGCAGUUCAUCAGAAUAUUCAUCCUGGAGAGAAACGAUAUAAAUGUGAUGUGUGUGGUCACUGCUUUAAACAAAGUACACACCUUGAAAAUCAUCAGAGAACUCAUACUGGAGUGAAACCAUCUAAAUGUGAUGUUUCUGGAAAAGCUUUUAGUCAAAAUGCAAGCCAUGCAGUUCAUCAGAGACUUCAUACUGGAAAGAAACCAUAUAAAUGUGAUGAUGUAUGUGGCCUAUGCUUUACUCAGAACUCAGAACUUGAAGUUCAUCAGAGAACUCAUAAGGGAGAGAAACCAUAUAAAUGUGAUAAAUGUUGCAAAGGCUUUAGUGAAAUUUCAAGCCUUGCAGUUCAUUGGAGAGUUCAUACUGGAGAGAAACCGUAUAAAUGUGAUGUGUGUGGCAAGUCAUUUAAUCGUACUGGCAAACUUGCUGUUCAUCGGAGAGUUCAUACUGGAGAGAAACCAUAUAAGUGUGAUGUAUGUGGCAAGGCCUUUAUUCAUACAACAGGCCUUGCUGUUCAUCAGAGAAUUCACACUGGAGAGAAACCAUAUAAAUGUGAUGUGUGUGGCAAGGCAUUUAAUUAUACUGGACACCUUGCUGUUCAUCAGAGAGUUCAUACUGGAGAAAAACCAUAUAAGUGUGAUGUAUGUGACAAGGCCUUUAUUCAUACAACAGGCCUUGCUGUUCAUCAGAGAAUUCACACUGGAGAGAAACCAUAUAAAUGUGAUGUGUGUGGCAAGGCAUUUAAUUAUACUGGACACCUUGCUGUUCAUCAGAGAGUUCAUACUGGAGAAAAACCAUAUAAGUGUGAUGUGUGUGCCAAGGCAUUUAGUCAUACUGGAAGCCUUGCUGUUCAUCGGAGAAUUCAUACUGGAGAGAAACCAUAUAAUUGUGGUGUAUGUGGCAAGGCCUUUAAUCGAACUUCAAACCUUGCAGUUCAUCAGAGAGUUCAUACUGGAGAGAAACCAUAUAAUUGUGGUAUAUGUGGCAAGGCUUUCAGUGUAAAUUCAAGCCUUGCAGUUCAUCAGAGAGUUCAUACUGGAGAGAAACCAUAUAAAUGUGAUGUGUGUGGCAAGGCAUUUAGUCGUACUGGACACCUUGCUGGUCAUCGGAGAGUUCAUACUGGAGAGAAACCAUAUAAUUGUGGUAUAUGUGGCAAGGCUUUCAGUGAAAGUUCAAGCCUUGCAGUUCAUCAGAGAGUUCAUACUGGAGAGAAACCAUAUAAGUGUGAUGCAUGUGGCAAGGCCUUUAUUCAAACAACAGGCCUUGCUCUUCAUCAGAGAGUUCAUACUGGAGAGAAACCCUAUAAAUGUGAUGUAUGUGGCAAGGCAUUUAGUAGAACUACAAGCCUUGCAGUUCAUCAGAGAGUUCAUACUGGAGAGAAACCAUAUAAAUGA